CCCGGCAGUGCGCGGGAAAGAGGCGGAGCUCGAGCAGAUUUCUCACGGGAGACAUAAGAUGACUAAGAGGAAGAAGCUCCGGACCUCAGGAGGAGCCCUCUAUCCUCCGAGACCCCCAAAGGACCCGAGGCUGGGAGAGUCUGACGGGGGCUCCCAGAGUCCCACGCUGCGCUGUUGGCAGCACCUGGAGGAGUCGGACAGCAGAUCGGGACCCAGUUCCUCUCCAGAGCACAGCCAGGAGCAGCCAGGGCAGGCCGGGCCCAGCUCCCAAGGUGUGGACAUAGGAGCCGCCCGCAGGCUCCCGGGGCCACUGGAGAAGGAGCCGCCUCCAUUUCCUCUCUCGCAGAACGCAGCUGGGAGAUUCAUCCCCCAGUUUGCAAAAUCCAGGAAGACAGCGACGCUGAGGAAAGCGGAAAGUGGAGACGAGGACCCUGGAAGCAGUGGGAUCCCUAGCUCGGAAGCUCCAUCACUGUCGGAGCCCUGCGCCCCGCAGGUGGGGAGCCAGCCGCUGGCGGAGUCGCUGCAGGAGACCCAGGGCCUGGGACACCAGACAGAGUCAGAUAGCGCCUGCCCGGGACACAGCAGCCGGGACCCUGUGGCCAGCAGCAAGGACACCCUGCCCACAGCCUCUGGUGGGGAGGGGGCGUGGCCCUGUGUCUCAGAGAGGGCCAGCCAGGACCCCGGGGCCCACAUGUCCAGUGAUGAAAGCAGCCAGGAGACAAAGAGGGCUUGGGUCCCAGUGAGUUGCGGGCAGGAAGGCCCCCUGCUGGGCAGUGAGGCUGCAGGGAUGGGGGCAGAGGCAGGAGCCCCCCAGGAGGGCGGCACCCAAGGGGCAGUAGGGGCUGACUUGCUCCAGGGCCCCCAGGAGGAAGAAGACGCGACCCCAGGCUCCCCAGUGUCAGCUCCUGCCUUGGGCCCCCCUCGGGGACCAGGCCCUGGCACUCAAGGGGAGACAGCCAGUGGGCUGGGCAGCCUGGGGCGCUCCUCCCCGGGAGCCCACGUCGCCACAGAGCCCGCAGCACCAGAACAGAGGGCCCUGCAGGUGGCCGCCCCCAGCUCUGCAGCCUCUCCCGGCAGGACAGCCCCUGACGGAGGCCACAGCCCAGCCCCGCUGGGCCACACGCCGCUGGCCAGGGACAGCCCAGGAGGCAGAGGGGAAGCAGGGCCAGAAGACACCAGCGACAGCCCUGCGGGUCCCCCGGGGAACAGAGAGCCCGCCGUGGGUGCUGCGGAUUCUGGCCACGCAGCCCUAGAAACAAGCCCAGAUGUCACUCAGAGGCAGGGGCCUGGCCCCGAGCCACCAGACCUCGAGGGUCUCGGUCCAUCCCUCGGAGCCUCUGCUCUGCCUGGGGACAGACAUGCAGCGGCUGACCCUGCCCAGGAGCGCCGGGCCCCCCAGGACCGGCCCGAGGCAGCCUGGGAGGCGGCCUCAGCCACAGAACUGGACUUCCUGCCGGACAGUCAGAUCCAGGGCGCGCUGGACCUUGAAGCCCCGCCCCAGCAGGUGUGUCCCGCGGGUCCUUGCUGGCCUGACCCCAGCCCUCUUGCCAACAGAGACCCUGUCGCAGUGGCCAGACCACAGCAGAGGGCGCCCGAGGCCGCCGGCAUGGAGGACGCCACAGACACGGUCCGGGGCCUCAUCUUGGAGCUCUCCAACCUGAACCGGCUGAUCAUGGGCGCCCACCGGGACCUGGACGCCUUCCGGCGGUUGCAGCACAGGAAGACGGCGGCAGCGGGGAGGGGCCCCGGGCCCUACGCCCCCCAGUACCCAUGGAGGGGUCUGUAGGCCGCGCGCUUGGGGGUCCGGGGAAGACACCCGCUCUCGCCCGGAAGUCCUACUGUUUGAGGGCCCAGGUUCCAGAAGGUUCCGGAAGGUUCUGACCGCCCCCCCAGGAGAAAGGGGAUCCCUUUGUUGGUGGCGCCUCCCCCCCCUCCCCAGGACCGUUUUAUUCUGGGAAUGCCAGCAAUAAAGGAGU